AGAUGGGAAGAGUUUAAAACAGAUUGGGGAAAGAAGUGCGAUGUGGCCCAAACCUUCCCGCAGGAUCUGACAGAUCUGAAACGCAUCUUGUGAAAGCACAAUGUCAACUCACUUCAAGAGCGGACCUGCUUUCGGACUCUCCGCAGAAGUCAAGAGCAAGCUUGCCCACAAGUAUGACCCUCAAAAGGAGGAGGAGCUAAGAAUGUGGAUCAGUGAGGUCACAGGCCGCAAACUUCCAGACAACUUUAUGGACGGGUUAAAAGAUGGCGUUAUCCUGUGCGAACUCAUUAACAUCCUUCAGCCCGGCUCUGUGAGAAAAAUCAAUACCUCUCCUCAAAACUGGCAUCAGCUAGAAAAUAUUGGUAAUUUUGUUCGAGCCAUUCAAGAGUAUGGCCUGAAGCCACAUGAUACAUUCGAAGCCAAUGACCUGUUUGAGAAUGUCAAUCACACUCAGGUUCAGUGUACGCUUAUUACGCUGGCUGGGAUGGCUAAAUCUAAAGGCUUUUACUCUAAAUGUGAUGUUGGAGUAAAAUACGCUGAGAAACAGCAACGUAAAUUUGCUCCUGAAAAGCUGAAGGAGGGUCGCAAUAUUAUCGGUCUGCAGAUGGGAACCAAUAAGUUUGCCAGUCAGAAAGGCAUGACAUCAUAUGGGACACGCCGCCAUCUUUUUGACCCUAAAACAGGAAUGGAAAAUCCUGUGGACCAAUCAACGAUCAGCCUGCAGAUGGGCACCAACAAAGGAGCCAAUCAGUCUGGUAUGACAGCCCCGGGCACCAAGCGCCAGAUCUUCGAUAAGAAGCUGGACAUGGAGAUGUGCGAUACCUCAGUUGUCUCACUUCAGAUGGGCACCAAUAAGGUGGCGUCCCAGACGGGCAUGACGGUCUACGGUCUUCCCCGUCAGGUAUACGACAGCAAGUAUUGUCCCACCCCUAAUGACUACAUCAACAACGGCCAGGACUCAGAGAUGGAUGGAUAUCAGUAUUCUGACUAAGACGAACAGACAGCUACCAGCACACUGCUUUUAAACCAAAAUCACCUGCACUUUGAUAUUCCAAAUUCAUCCCAAGUGGGACGAGCUCGAGCCGAUGACAUCACGACCACCAAUCAGAGCCGAGUACUUCAGUGGUCCAUGGAAAAAAAUUGGAGGAAUUUCUGGCGUUUUGCUUUACAACACUGGCUUUUCGGCUUUUCACUUACGUAGUUAAUUUUUUUGCAUGUGCCAUUUUCCCUCAAGUUACAGAUUUUUUGCAAAUGUUGGAGAUUUUAUUUAUGUCAUAUACAGUAGUGUUGUAUAAUUGAAAUGAGCAUACAGUAUAUAUGAACAUGAAACACUUUUAAUUGGAUGAAAGAAUAGGAAAUCAACAAGCACCCGUUUACCGGCCAAUCAAAUCAACAGAUUCUUGAGAGAUGAACUGAUCACUUGCAAACACAGAGGUUGGAUGGAAGAAAAACAAGAUGUUUAUUAACAUAUAUUUGAAGUUUUAAAAAAAGAUUCAAGACAGAAGUCAUUCAGGUAAAGGUCCAGUGUGGGUUUUUUAGUGGCAUCUAGUGGUAAGAUUGGGAAUUGCAACCAACAGCUUACCCCUCAAUUUCGAAACGCAUAGUGAAGAUACAGUAGCUGCCACAGGACAAACAUGUCAUCGUCUGAGACAACAAAGGGACGAAAGGUGCUCGAAAGUAGUUUGUCCAUUUAGGGCUACUGUAGAAACAUGACAGCAACCCGCUGUGUAUGUAGAUAAAAAACGGCUCAUACUAAGGUAAUAAUAGCAAUACAGUUCAUUUUGUAAGGUCUUUAUACACCACUGAUAAUAUUAGUUAUGUAUAUUAUAUUGCAUUUCUGUCAACAGAUCAUUCUUAAAGUCCCACAUUGCACCUUUAAAGCUUUAAUUAAGCUGGGGUUAAACUUACCAUGACCUACAAUACAUCACUACAGAACUGAAUUAUUUUUAUUUUUUUUGACUUGCGUCUAAAUUCAAACCAUUCAUUUAUUCAAUAAAAGCUUAAAGGGUUUUGCCAAGUAGGUCACAUUUGUGAAACAACAUUCCUGAUAUCCAGUUAUAGGUCCAAGUCUAUUGUUAACUUCAGCAUUCCUCCGUAAUCAGACUAAAUUAAAAACAUGUAUUUGAGUCCCGAGCUCCCUAAAAUGUUAUUUUUAGGAAUGCUGUUGAACCUACAAAGAUCCAAGGAUGUGUCUAGGGAAAAUCUUUGCUUUUUUUAUUUAAGGUUCAUGUGGAAGUCGGCCAAAGUAUUUGUUGGUUAUUAUCACUAUGACAUAAUUAAAACUGAACCGAAGAUAUUAGUCAAGCAAAUGGGUAAAAACUCAAUCGCAAUACAGUGUUUUGUUUUAUAUUUUUUGAAGAUGGGUGGGCUGGCAUGUUUUGUAUUUAAAGAGUGCUUUAUUAGAUGCAUUGCUAAUGAACAGACAAAGAUGUUUUAGGGACAUUGUUGUAAAGAAAACCAUUUAAACUAUUGCACCAAAGCUAAAUGUCAUUGUAAUUUUGUAUUCUAAUGGUGUCAUUUUAACUAAACUAAGCCAGACCAAGCUCAAUUUUAGUGCCAUGCCAUUAGCAACUAUAUAAUCAAUUAACAUAGACACAAAGUGAAACAAAAGAAGUGACCAAUCAGGUGAAAGGGAAUCUAAUUGUGCAAAUGCACAACACAUAAAGAGCUGCACUUUUGCUCUAUAAGAUGCUUGCAAGUUAGUAGUCUGAAUUGUUUCGACCUGACAAGAUCAACGGGAGCGGCCACACUGGUGAGUUAAUAUAUUUAGUUGAAUAGUUUAAUGAUUCAUCAUUUUAAGGCUUUAAUGUGCUUUAAGAAUGUGUUAUUUGGCUUUGACGUAAAAAAAAACAAGAUUGUGAAACAAGUCUCUCAGUUUUCCCCCUUGCAUUGAUGCUUCAAAAUGUGUUUAUUUAUGAGGCUUUUCAACAAUGUCUGAGCAAAUUAAAUCCCAAUAAAUCACUAUUUUUAAAUUA